GCGACGCGAUACCACUUCCCAAAGCAUCCUUUAUGACAUCCUGCAAAUCUCGGAUGUUGUGGUAGACGACGCCUCAUCGCUUGCCUUGCAUUGGCAAUCUGCCCUUGUCGCUACACAACUUACCUUCGCACAAUAGCCACGCAUGUCACCCAGCAUUGGGCCGUAUGAUGGUCGUAAGGCUAGACGGAAAAGGUGCGAAGCCUGUGUUAAGCGCAAAAUCAAAUGCAAUGGAGGCGUUCCUUGCGAUUACUGCAAAGGGAGAAGACAAGCGUGUGUGGUGCCCACGCGGUCGGCAGUUUCGAGUUUUGUCUUCGUCAACCCGGGAGCCGAGAAGCAGCUUCAGCCACGAUCGCCAAUUAGUCCAGGGAGAACUGAGCAAAACAUGGCUUACUUUUUCAGCUCAUUCCUGCCAAUGAAUGCUCUUUCCGGUGGUCUGAUAGUGCGAGAGGAGCUGCAAGGCAUGGUGCAUUCUUCGGCCGCGUUGAGGGAUGCUGUUUGUGCAGUAGCCGCCUUGCACCGAUGCCAACGGGCCCAAUGGGACGAUCUGGAGACUAAAGACCUUGAAGGACGCCAGGGCGCGAUGCAGCUUUACGUCGGAUCCGUAAGGAGUGUCCAAACCCGCAUUACCCGCAAUAAGUUUGCGGACGAUCCAUCUACACUCUGGACGACCUUUCUGCUCGGUCUUUUCGAGCUGAUGUGCGAUGCCAGCGGGACCAACUGGCUCUCACACUUCCUGCACGGGACUUGCGCAAUCCUGCGGCUCCAACCACCCUCGUGCCUUGCUCUUCCAGAUCAACAGAACAGGCAGAAGCGUACCUUUUUCCUUUCAGCCCGUAUAUUCGAGAUAUCACGGGCCUUGAUUUACUCUGAACCUACUUUCCUCAGUCAGCCUGUGUGGACCACCGCACUAGCAGAUCUCUGGAGUGGCGAAGGUGCAGCACUUUGGCACCCGAAAGAAGCGCUCUUCGACAUGUUGCCCAGCUUUUCUGAGUUGGGUAUACGUGCUAUCCAAUUCUGUGAAUUUGAAGCAGAAUAUUUGCCAGAGGAAGUGCAAGCUGAGCGUGCACAGUUCCUUGCUGCUGAGGGCUUACUACUUCAGCAAUCCUUGCAUGAGUGGUGGGAGGUCAGCAACUCCUGGCAGCAUGCAUCGGGUGCAUUGGACCUAGAACUUCUCGUUGGCCACACAUACUACCACGCCGUUAGCAUCUACCUCUCGGGUACUUAUGACUACCACGUACAUUGGACCAAGCCAAUGGCACCAUGUGCGCCGAUCUUGGCUCGCUCUCAGAUCGAGUGGCACAUGCGUCAAAUCCUUUGCCUGAGUCGCGAGUUGCUGGCUAAUGGGGUUGCGGGUGUGCUACUGUUUUUUCCUUUGAGGGUCGCGGGAGCGCGUGUUCGGGAUGCUCGUGACAUGCACGAGGUCUUGGAUUUGUUUCGUAACGUGCUGCAGCGCGGGUAUGCCGUUGCUGAUGCAAUGAUAGCCGAUCUAUCAGAACUGUGGUCGGAUACAGCUACACCUUAGGUUCAAAGCGCAGAUGCGCACUCCAAUCCAGGGUUUCCGUUGUCGUUUGUGAUGUCUCUCCUGUUUGAGUUUACGAUGUUGCCUCGACAGUCCAGGCCGGUAGACGCGUGGGAACGUUCGCAGCCGGCGUGAUUAGGGGCUUGGAUAAGUUUCCGUACAUUACGAAGUAAUCGCCGUCAUGUAAAAGCUCAUACAGCCCGGUAAUCGGAAGGUGAGUAUUUCGAGAGAGUUGUAUUUGGGUGAGCGGCCAAUCAUGUUGAUGUUAUUCGCUCCUGCCGCGCCUUGCCGCAUUCAGUGCUAGCAGAA